AUAUUAGUUUCUUUACGGGACGCUCUUAUAUCUACACUGAUUCAAAACAAAAAGAUGAAUAAGUAUUUGGCCUAGGAAUUCCAUGACGAAUUUUCACUUUCCAGAAAAUUGAUCAAAUUUCUAUAAACAAUUCCCAAAAAACUGGAAAUUCGAUGGCGAAUUUCCAGUUUAUAGAAAAUCAAAGUACAAUUUCCAGAUUCUUGGAAAUUAUUUAUAGAAAUUCGAUUGAUUGUCUAUAAAGUGAAAAAUCCCCGGCGACUUUCUACCUUUACAGAAAACUGAAUUUUAUGGAAAUUCAAGUCGAUUUUCAGUAAAGUAGAAAAGCAACAUUUUCUAGAAAGCUGGAAAUUCGUCGAGGAAUUUCUAUAAGUUAGAAAACCCCCGGCGAUUUUCUAUAAACUAGGAAUUAAUUCAAGAUUACAGUGUAAGCGACAAAUUCAAUUUUUUAAAUUUCAUCUGUUGAGCUCAACUUUGUACAAAUUGAUCUUGACGGGGGAAAAGAAUAUUUACUAAUUUUUACCAUGAAGAAGAAAAAGGUAUAUUCCUGUAAGCUCCGGUGGUACAGUGGUAUACAGAGAGGUGCUCGAGGUACAGAGUUCGAAUCUCUGUGUUAUUUCUUUUUUUUCUAACCGAUGCAUCAUACGAUUAAUCGCUAGAUCCAACUAGUUUAUACUAGUUUUUAGCACAUGUAUUUUCAUACUAGAUGCAUCGGAUAUUGCGUCGAGUAAUCGGGUCAAACCCGAUAUAUCUGUUUAAUCCGAUAUUUUUUACGCUUUUAUCUAGAUAUUUUUGCUAGAGCAUCGUCCGAUACUCCAGUGAAUGUAUCGUAAUAUUUUUGCUGACGAUUUCGUGCUUGGGAGAGGAUUUAUAACCGUAGAAUCAUGAUAAGGCUUAGUAAAACACUCAGCAACUUUAGUACAAGCAAGUGAAAUAAACAAAACUUAGUAAUUGUUCUUUUAAAAAUUCUCAUCAUUUAUAAAAAGGGAUGAACGAAAAACAAAAGAAGUAAUUGACUUGUCUGUUUGUUACAGAAAUAAGAUCGAUGUAGUUCGAAUGAAAAGCAUACACCUUAAAAUAAGACGGAUAAAUUCAUCAUCUUACCGAGAAAAGUAAAAUACAUGUUCAUAAAAGGGUCUUUUUUCAAAGUAUUUAUUUCUUUCAAAAAAAAAGAGAAGUGAUCAGAAGUUACAGUGAACUAGAUUUUUCUAUACGCUAGUCGAAAAGAUAUCGAUUUAUUAUUUUUACGUUAAAAUAGCCUAAUUAGGAUAUUUACACUAUCUUAUGUAUCGUUCACUAUAGAUACAACUCUCAUAACUUAUUUCUGGCAAUCAUAGUUCUAAAAUCAAAAGUUUAUUUUAGGAUGAAAAAAAUCAGGUGCUAACCACAAACAUUUGGCUUGAACAAGUAAGAAAUUGUUCAUAUUCCUAAUUUACGUUAACAUAGUAAUUUUAAUAUUAUAUUAGGAGUGGUUUGAUCAACGUUUAAUUUGGAAUGCAUCAGAUUUCAAUGGUUUAAGCACACUACGUUUACCAUGUUCGAAAAUAUGGUUACCUGAUAUUGUAUUAUAUAAUAGUGCUGAUGAUUAUACCCAAGGUUAUUAUCAAAGCAAGGCAAUGGUCGACUCAAAUGGACAUGUAUUUUGGCCACCACCAGCUAAAUUUCGUUCAUCAUGUAAAAUAGAUGUGACCUUUUUUCCAUUUGACGAUCAACUAUGUAAAUUGAAAUUUGGAUCAUGGACGUACGAUGCUGCUCAAGUCAAUUUAACAAAACGUCGUGAUAAUGUUGAUAUGUCAAAUUAUAUAAAAUCUGGUGAAUGGCUUAUCAUUAACAUUAGUAUUAAACGAAACGAUGUUACAUAUCCGUGCUGCCCGGGAAUAUAUUAUCCUGAUAUCACCAUUUAUGUUCAUAUUCGACGUCGUAUAUUAUACUAUAUGUUCAAUAUUAUCUUUCCCUGUAUUUGGUUAUCAAUAUUAUCUUUACUCGGUUUUUGGCUUCCACCUGAUAGUGGUGAAAAAAUUACAUUGGGCAUUACCGUUCUACUCGCAUUUUCCGUUUUUAUGUUGCUCAUAGCCGAAUCAAUGCCGGCCACAUCAGAAAUGGUCCCUCUAAUCGAAAUUUAUUUAACUAUUGUUAUGGGUCUUACUUCGCUCUCUAUCGUGCUUACCGUCUACGUUCUACAACUGCAUCACAGUGGUCCGGUUGUUACACGUGUACCACAUCAUUUCAAGUAUACUCUCGUACAUAUUAUAGCCCCUGUUAUUGGAAUGCAAGAAACAGUCGCCAUCUAUGCACAUGAACACAAUCUCACGUUAAAUGAUGAUGUU